AUGAUUAAAUAUAUAUAGAGAUCUCUCUUUAGAAUUAGUGAAGAGUAUGAAUAUCUCAAAUGUAAAUAAAUAUUCAAGUCAUAACUUGAAUAAUUUAAGAAGGCUUUAAAUAAAGGUAUUAACAAUUCAUCUAUAUUUAUUAGCAAUCUAAUUACAAAAAUAAAUUGAUCAAAAUACUUAAGCUGCCUUCAAAAUGUAAAAUCAUGCUUUCUUUACAUCUAAUGUGCCUGCUAAAACUAUUUUAGCUGCUUUCCUGUAGAAAAGAGAAUACUCAAAUGAAGAAAUUGUUGGAUAAACAUUUGUUUAAUUAGGACAUGCUUUAAAAGCAAGAGGAGAUAGAACCUAUUUUGAUCAUAAAUAAAUAGAAACAUCUAUGGGUUUUGAUGUCCUAAUCAAAGAUUUAUUAAAAUUGAAUGAUUAUAGAGUAUUAGCUGAAGCAAUUCAUGGAUUAUCUCUUACAGGAGUUGAUUUAUAUAGUGAUUAGAUAGUUGAUAAAGUAUUUUAAUAAUUAGAUGCUAAAGAAUUAAAUCCUGAUGAAAAAUAAUUAAUUGAAGCAUUCUUAUUAGAAAUCUUUGAAGAAAAAUAAGAAAUACCUGUUAAUAAUCUAAUUUAUGAAGUUGAAAAAUUAAUUGAAUAAACAUAAUCUGAUGUAUUCAAUGUUUUAGAAGCAAUUGUAGAAAUUAGAAGAGUUUAUUUAAAAUUACUUGAAAUCUAAAAAAAUGAUUGGGUUCAUGUUAAUACUAAUAUUAAAAUGAUGGAAUUUGAAGAAGCUUUAGUAUCUUAAGGAUUAUUACAUCCUGCUGAAAUUGAAAAUGAAGAUGUUUCAUUAUCAUUAGAAACAGCACUUUCAUAUAUUUCAGGAAAAGACCCAGAUCUUAUGGCAUUUUUAAUUUGUAUAUUAGAAAUGUAAUUAAUUCACAGAGAUUAAGUUAAACCAAUUGAACCAAAAUUAUCUGAUUUUGGAGAUUUAAUGGUAGCUGUUUCUGAAUAUAAAGGACAUGAAAUUGCAUAAAGAUUAAAGAAUGCAUAACCUUUAUUAGUUCACUCAGAUAAAUAUAAAUUAGCUAAAGCCUUUGCUAAUGCUGGUCUCAAUACUGAAAGUAGAGAAUAUUUAGCUUAAGUUACUGAUGAAGAACUUCUUAAUUCCUUAGAUUCAUUGCAUCUUCAUUUAUAAUUGAAUAAAACAGAUAGAAAAUUCCCAUUGCCUGAUAAUUUAACUAUUCUCUCUUUAGAUGAAUUAAUUGCUUAUGCUACAUAUUUAGCAUUGUAAAAUCAAAAUUAUGAAGCAUUCAUUGAAGAAUUAAAAUUUAGAGUUAAGAAUUUAAAUACAAUUAGAGAUUUGAAUGAAAAAUAAUAAAUAAGAAUUGAUGUAUUAGAAAAACAUUCAGGAUAGAAAUUAAUUUAUGAAGAAAAGGAUAUAAAUCAUAGUGAAUUAUAUAAGGCUAUUAAAGAUACUUUACCUAAAUCAGUAUAAUUAAUUGAGAUUUAUGAUUUAAGUGUAAAUAAUGAAAUUAAUGGUUAUGCAUAAUUAAGAGUUGGUUCAUAACCAUAUAUGACUUUAUAUGAUUUCUUAGGUAAAGAUAAAGAAUAAUUCAAAUAGAAGUUGUAAUUAGCAUUUAAUCUUGAAAAUUCUGAUAUCAUUUUAUUUAACAAAAUUAAAGAUAGAUUGGAAAGUGUUUAAGUAGAAGAAAAUAGUAAAGAAUUGACUUCAUAAACAAUUUUUAAUGCUUAAUGGUAAUAUUUAAAGAAAAGAGCACUUAAUUAUUUAAAUAAGAAUGAUAAUUUAAAUAAAUUAAAAUUAAAAUAAACUUUACUUGAUUUAUAAGAAAGAUUAAGAAUUGUGAAUUAAAAUAAUGUAUUUUAAGAUUUAAUUGAUGAAAUAAAGGUUUAACCAAUUAAAUUUCCAAAAUGGUAUGGAAUGAUUCCAUCUUAAUCUAUAUAUAAUCCUAAAUCAACUAUUGAAGGAUUUAAAGCUAGUUUGAUUACUAAUAGAAUAUAUGAUCCUACAUAUUGUCCAGAAUAAGAUUUAUUUAA